CAGGACCAGAACAUUACAGCCGAAGAGGGCGGGAUCGAACAAGGUGGCAUCGGGGCGGCAUCGUCGGGAGUGAUGGGUGACGAACCUGCCGCUGCGGUGGCGGCGGAAUGCUGCGGGGGCGGAGCCAACAGCUGUUCCUCAGGUGUCCUAUCCCUCUCGUCUUCCAGCCAGGACCAGCUAUUGGACGAUCACCACUUGGAAGAGUGUCCUUUGUGCCUCCUCAGCCAACCACGAUGCCGGUUCCCCCGCCUCUCUUCCUGUUCCCACCGGGCCUGCUACGACUGCCUGAGACAGUACCUGAAGAUCGAAAUCUCAGAGAGCAGGGUGGGCAUUGCCUGUCCGCAAUGCCCCGAGGCGUUGGCGCCGCAAGAUGUGCGGGCCAUCCUGGAUGACCAGGCGCUGCUGGAGAGAUUCGAAGAGUACCAGCUGAGACGGUUUCUGGCGGCCGACCCGGACACACGCUGGUGUCCUGCACCCGACUGCAGGUAGAGCCACUGAGUCACUCAGUUCAUUCUACUGAUUUCAGAAUCGUUUGUAGUCAGAAGCUUCAUAUUCGGGGAGUCAAUAGUACCAGCUCAGGAGGUACCCUGCGCCUGACUGCCUGACUGCAGGUCGAGCCAUUGUAACAAGUACACCCAUCUGAUAAUUAUGUUCAUAGAUUCAGGGUAAAAUGUUUUGAGUCAGUCAGUCAGAACUAUCCAGGGAGAGAGUUAACUGCAGGAGUCACGUAACAGGAGUAAAGGGAGACUCAGCGAAGUGACUUUGGACGAGCAAAGAUGCCAAGACUUCUCACGCAGAGUAUCUGCUCGUGUGCUUCAGUUCCCUUCACGCAGCUACAACGUGGUAGAUACGGGACCAAAACAGCGGAGAAGUUGAGCCUUGCGCUUCAACGCUCUUUAGUUGUUGCGGACAUUGGCAACUAAAUUUUGCUUAGGGUCCCCCCGCAAAAAAAAGGCUAGGGCCCGGCUCUGACUGCAUGUGUGUGAGCAUGCUGACCCACGAGCCACUGCGGCCCCUCCCCAUCAGUUGGCCGUUCUAUAUCAGACGAUGUUGACACAAUGGGCCUCCAGUAUUUAUUUAUCAGGUAUUACUGGGGCCAAGAGGGGAAAGUCCAGAAUUGCAUAAGCCCGAAAGUCUUUAAAAGUAUCCAGCAUUGCAUAAGCCCAAAAGUCUUUUAAAAGUAUCCAGCAUUGCAUAAGCCUUGAAUUCACAGCUGUGACUCAUGUUCCUAAUAUACGCACGUUCCACAAGGUCUUAGGGACAGAAGGUUAAUACUAGAGCCUAUUCAGUUUUUCAAUGUGUGUUUUGUUUUGUGUAUGAGACUGAGUGUGUGUCUGUCUGUGUCUGUGUGUUUCACUGUGUGUGACAAAAUGAGUUUUUAGUGACAUUUGAGUUCGAUUUCUACAGAAUUACGUGUGUGUGUGUGUGUGUGUGUGUGUGUGUGUGUGUCUGUGUCUGUGUCUGUGUCUGUGCCUGUGUGUGUCUGCCUGUCUGUUUUAUUGUCUAUUUGGUAUCCAUUCUAUUCUCUCUGUGUCCUCCCAGCAAGGCAGUGGUAGCAUUCUGUCUUAGUUAUCUGUUCUGUUCUGUUCUGUUCUGUUCUAUUCUAUUCUAUUCUGUUCUCCUCUCUGUCUCCCCAGCUUUGCAGUGAUAGCGUAUGGCUGUGCAGAGUGUCCUAAGCUAAGCUGUGGGCGUGAGGGCUGUGACACAGAGUUCUGCUACCACUGUCGCCAGCUGUGGCACCCCGACCAGACGUGUGACCAGGCUCGACGCCAGCGGGCACGCCACACCUCCGGGGGAAAUGAUGCCUCCACACUAUAUGUCUUCAACGAGGAGCCUGGAGGCGGUAGGGAGAUGGCCACACUGUAUAUUUACGUACUAAGUCCCAUACAUACACUACAUGACCAAAAGUAUUGUGGACACCUGCUCGUCGAACAUCUCAUUCCAAAAUCAUGGGCAUUAAUAUGGAGUUGGGCCCCACUUUGCUGCUAUAACAGCCUCCACUCUUCUGGGAAGGCUUUCCACUAGAUGUUGGAACAUUGCUGCGGGUAUUUGCUUCCGUUCAGCCACAAGAGCAUUAGUGAGGUCAGGCACUGAUGUUGGGCGAUUAGGCCUGGCUCGCAGUCGGCGUUCCAAUUAAUCCCAAAGGUGUUCGAUGGGGUUGAGGUCAGGGAUCUAUGCAGGCCAGUUAAGUUCUUCCACACCAAUCUCGACAAACCAUUUCUGUAUGGACCUCACUUUGUGCACGGGGGCAUUGUCAUGCUGAAACAGGAAUGGGCCUUCCCCAAACUGUUGCCACAAAGUUGGAAGCACAGAAUCGUCUACAAUGUCGUAUGCUGUAGCGUUAAGAUUUCCCUUCAAUGGAACUAAGGGGCCUAGCCGCAUCCACCAAACUUUACAGUUGGCACUAUGCAUUGGGGCAGGUAGUGUUUUCCUGGCAUCCACCAAACCCAGAUUCGUCUGCCAGAUGGUGAAGCGUAAUUCAUCACUCCAGAGAACGCGUUGUCACUGCUCCAGAGUCCAAUGGCGGCGAGCUUUACACCACUCCAGUCGAAGCUUGGCAUUGCACAUGGUGAUCUUAGGCUUGUGUGUGGCUGCUCGGCCAUGGAAACCCAUUUCACGAAGCUCCAGACGGACGUGCGGACGUUGCUUCCAGAGGCAGUUUGGAACGCGGUAGUGAGUGUUGCAACUGAGGACAGACGAUUUUUACGCGCUACUCUCUUCAGCACUCGGCGGUCCCAUUCUGUGAGCUUGUGUAGCCUACCACUUCGCGGCUGAGCCGUUGUUGCUCCUAGACGUUUCCACUUCACAAUAACAGCACUUACAGUUGACCGGGGCAGCGCUAGCAGGGCAGAAAUUUGACAAACUGACUUUUUGGAACGGUGGCAUCCUAUGACGGUGCCACGUUGGAAGUCACUGAGCUCUUCAAUAAGGCCAUUCUACUGCCAAUGUUUGUCAAUGGAGAUCGCAUGGCUGUGUGCUCGAUGUUAUACACCUGUCAGCAACGGGUGUGGCUGAAAUAGCCGAAUCCACUCAUUUGAAGGGGUGUCCACAUACUUUUGUAAAUAUAGUGUAGUCCAUGCAGUAUACAUACUAGUCAUGAUACAGUACAUUGUACAGAGGAGGUAGUCUGACACAGGGACACUGUGGACACUGUUCAGACUGUUAAUACAGUUCAGGCUGUUAAUACUGUUCAGGCUGUUAAUACUGUUCAGGCUGUUAAUACUGUUCAGGCUGUUAAUACUGUUCAGGCUGUUAAUGCUGUUCAGACUGUUAAUACUGUUCAGGCUGUUAAUGCUGUUCAGGCUGUUAAUACUGUUCAGGCUGUUAAUACUGUUCAGAUGUUAAUGCUGUUUAGGUGUAAUGCUGUUUGGUGUUUAAAACGUUCAGGUUUCAGGCGUUAAAUGUUCAGGCGUUAAUAUGUUCGGCUGUUUAAAAGUCGGGUUUUUUAAGUGUUCAGGGUGUUAAUGUGUUCAGACUGUUAAAAGUUUAGGCUUUUUUAAUGCUGUUUUAGGCUGUUAAAACUGUUUAGGGUUAAUAUUUCAGGCGUUUACUGUUCAGGCUGUUUAAAGCGUUUAGGCUGUUUUUAAAACUGUUAGACUGUUAAUGGUUUAGGGUGUUGAUGCUGUUUCAGGCUGUUAAAGGUUCGGCGUUAAUGUGUUCAGGCUUUAAACUUUUUAGGCGUUUAAAACUGUUAAGUGUUUGGCGUUAAAACUGUUCAGGCUGUUAAUGCUGUUAGGCUGUUAAAACGUUCAGGGUUAAUACGUUUAGGGGGUUAAGCUGUUAAAACUGUUCAGGCUGUAAUACUGUUCAGGGUUCGGGGGUUAAUGCUGUUCGGCUGUUAAUGCUGUUCAGGGACUGUUCAGGCUGUUAAUACGUUCAGAGUUCAGGCUGUUAAAAUGUUUAGGUGUUUAAACGUUAGGCUGUUAAUACUGUAGGGGUUUUUAAUAUUUAAUACUGUUCAGGGGUUUUAUGUUUAGGGUGUUAAUACUUUUAGGGGUGUUAUACUGUUUAGGCUGUUAAACUGUUAGGUGUUAAUACGUUUAGUGUUAAUCUGUUCAGAUGUUAAAGUGUUCGUUUCGGUGUUUUUAAAAUGUUCAGGGGUGUUAUCGGGGCGGGGUUAAUACUGUUUAGGCGUUUUAAAAGUUAGGUGUUAGGGGUUUAAAAAGUUCGUGUUAAUACGUUCAGGGGUUUUAAUUAUGUUCAAAUGUUAAAGUGUUUAGCUGUUCAGGUUUAAUCGUUCGGUGUUCAGGCUUUUAAAGCUGUUAAUAUGUUCAGGCUGUUUUAAAAUUUUUAGGCGUUUUAAAACUGUUUUGGCUGUUAAUACUGUUCGGCUGUUCAGGUGUAAAUUGUUCAGGCGUUAAUACUGUUAGGCUGUAAAACUGUAGGUGUUAAAAACGUUAGGUGUUAAUAGUUAAUACUGUUAAAGGGUGUUUAAUAUGUUAAAACUGUUCAGGCUGUUAAUACUGUUAGGCGUUAAAACUGUUAGGGUGUUUAAACGUUAGGUGUUUUUAAAAUGUUUAGGGUUAAUACUGUUCAGGGUGUUCAGGGGUGGGUAAUAUGUUUUAGGCUGUAAUACUGUUAUACGUUCAGGCGGGUUAAAAUGUUCAGGCGUUUAAUGUUAGGCUGUUAAUAAAUUUUUAGGUGUUAAUAGUUAAUUGUUUAGGGUUAAUGCUUUUCAGGUGUUAAUAUGUUUAAACUGUUCAGGUGUUUAAAGCGUUCAGGGUGUUAAUGGUUAAAACUGUUCAGGCUGUUAAUAUGUUCGAGUUAAAGUUUAGGUGUUAAUGCUGUUCGGGGUUAAUAUGUUCAGGCGUUUAAAACUGUUAAAGGGCAGGCUGUUAUGCUGUUAAUACUGUUAGGGUUUUUUAAAACUGUUCAGGCUGUUAAUACGUUUAGGCGUUAUACUGUUUGGUGUUAAUACUGUUAAUACUGUUUAGGCUGUUAAUUUACUGUUCAGGUGUUUAAUACGUUGGCUGUUCUAGUUCAGGUGUUAAUACGUUCAGGCUGUUAAUACUGUCAGGGUGUUAAGUGUUCAGGGUUAAUACUGUUUAAAACGGUUAGGGGUGUUUUAAAACUGUUAAAAUGUUCAGGCUGUUUAAGCUGGUUUUAGGUGUUAAUACUGUUAAAUUUGGCUGUUUAAUACUGUUUAGGCGGGUUUGUUAAUCUGUUUUUUUCAGGUGUUAAUCGUUAAAAUGUUCGGCUGUUAAAAAUUUUUAGGCUGUUUUUCGUUCAGGCUGUAAUAGUUAAUAUUUUUAGGGUUUUGUGUUAGGUGUUAAUACGUUGGUGUUAAUGCUGUUAGGCUGUUAAGCGUCAGGCUGUUAAUCUGUUCAGGCUGUUAAUGUUUUCAGGCUGUUAAUUGUUCAGGCGUUAAACUGUUCAGGCUGUUAAUUGUUCAAAUGUUAGGUGUUAAUAUGUUUAGGGGGUUAAACUGUUCGGCUGUUAAUACUGUUAAUACUGUUCAGGCGGGAAUAGUUUAGGCUGUUAAGCGUUUAGGCGUUAAAGCUGUUUGGCUGUUAAACUGUUCAGGCUGUUAAUACUGUUCAGGCGUAAUGUUCAGGCGUUAAUAUGUUCAGGGGGUUAAAACUGUUGGCUGUUAAUUUUGUUUAGGCUGUUAAUACUUUUUAAUUUUAAUGUUCAGGCUGUUAAUGCUGUUAAAACGUUUAGGCUGUUAAUUGUUUUAGGUGAAUACUGUAAUACUGUUCAGGCUGAAUACGUUAAAACUGUUCGGCGUUUAAAACGUUCAGGCUGUUAAAAUUUUUCAGGGGGUUAAUACGUUAAUAUGUUUGGGGUGUUUUACGUUUUAGGGGGGUUAAUACUGUUCAGGGUGUUAAAACUGUUCAGGCUGUUAAUGCGUUCAGGGUGUUAAUCUGUUCAGGGGUUAAAACUGUUCAGGCUGUUUAAAACUGUUCACGUUCGGCUGUUAAUACUGUUCAGGCUGUUUUAAUAUGUUCGGUGCCCGGGUGUUUAAAAAUGUUCAGGCUGUUAAUACUGUUAAUAGUUCAGGCUGUAUAUGUUCAGGCGUAAUUUUGUUCAGGUGUUCAGGCUGUUAAUCGUUCAGGUGAAUCUGUUAGGCUGUUAAUACGGGUUAGGCUGUUAAUACUGUUUUGGGGUUUUUAUAGUUCAGGCGUUUUAAAACUGUUAAUACUUUCAGGGUUUAAUACUUGGAAUAUGUUCAGGGUUAAUACGUCAGGCGUUUAAAACUUUUAAAAUUUUUCAGGGUGUAAUAUGUUAGGCUGUUAAAACGUUAGGGUUAAUCUGUUCAGGCUGUUAAUCUGUUCAGGCUGUUAAUGCUGUUAGGGGUGUUAAUAUGUUCAGGCUUUAAAACUGUUCAGGUGUUCAGGCGUUAAUCUGUUCAGGUGUUAAUAUGUUCGGCUGUUUGGGUUUUAAUACUGUUUUAGGCUGUUAAUACGUUAAUAUGUUAGGCUGUUUAAAACUGUUCAGGUGUUAAGCUGUCAGGCUUUAAUACUGUUCGGCUGUUUUACUGUUCAGGUGUUAUACUGUUUAAAACUGUUCAGGGGUUUUUUAAACGUUAUAGUUCAGGCUGUUAAAUUUGCGUUAAUACUGUUAAUACUGUUCGGUGUUUAUGUUAAUACUGUUCAGGCUGUUAUACGUUCAAUGUUCAGGGUGGGUAAUAGUUCAGGGGUUAAUAGUUUUGGCUGUUAAUAUUUAUAUGUUUAGGCUGUUAAUCUGUUAAAGGGGUUAAACUGUUUAAAACUGUUCAGGGUGUUAAUUGUUUUAAAACUUUCAGGGUGUUAAUACUGUUCGGGUUAAUACUGUUAAUAUGUUCAGGCUGUUUAAACUGUUUAAGUUCAGGCUGUUAAUCUGUUAUACUGUUUUGGUGGUUUAAAUUCAUGCGUUUUAAAAUGUUAUACUGUUCAGGUGUUAAAACUGUUUAAAAUGUUUGGCUGUUAAUCUUUCAGACUGUUCGGCUGUUAAUAUGUUUAGCUGAAUUGUUUAGGCGUUCAGGUUUAAUAUGUUCAGGCUUUAAAACUGUAAUAUGUUUAGGGUGUUAAACUGUUCGGCUGGUUUUAAAGUGUUUGGCUGUUAAUAUGUUUUAGGCGUUAAUUUUGUUAGGCUGUUAAUAUGUUCAGGCGUUAAUACGUUCGGUGUUAAUAUGUUCAGGCGUUAAUACUGUUCAGGUUUAAUGUGUUAGGCUGUUAAACCCCGUUAAAGCUGUUCGGCUGAAAAAUGUUCAGGUGUUAAAAAGUUCGGCGGUUUUUCUGUUCAGGCUGUUAAUGCUGUUAGGGGUUUAUAUGUUCAGGCUGUUUAAAAGUUCAGGUGUAAUACGUUAGGGGUGUUAAUACUGUUAGGUGUUAAAAUGUUCAGGGUGUUAAUAUGUUAAUAUGUUCAGGGUGUAAUAGUUUAGGCGUUAAUACUGUCAGGCUGUUUAAAACAGUUAAUACUGUUCAGGGUGUUUAAAAUGUUCAGGCUGUUUAAUUGUUUAGGUGUUUAGGGUUAAAACGUUAGGUGUUAAAACAUUAUACUGUUCAGGGUGUUAAAAACUGUUCGGCGUUAAUAUGUUUAGGCUUUUUAAAAGGGUGUUAAACGUUCGGGUUAAACAUUUUUAAAACUGUUAGGUGUUAAUUGUUUAGGGGUUUUAAUAAAAGUUCAGGCUGUUCAGGCUGUUUAAAUACUGUUCAGGCUGUUAAUACUGUUCCUAUUGUUCAGACUGUUCAGGCUGUUAAUACUGUUCAGGCUGUUAAUACUGUUCAGGCUGUUAAUACUGUUCAGGCUGUUCAGGCUGUUAAUACUGUUCAGGCUGUUAAUACUGUUCAGGUGUUAAUCACUGUUCAGGCUGUUAAUACUGUUCAGGCUGUUAUAUUGUUCAGGCUGUUCCUAUUGUUCAGACUGUUCAGACAUACAGUAUGUAGUCAGUCAUAGUACUUUACAUACACAUGGUAGUCAGACAGUGAUCCUGUAUGUAGCUAGUCAUAGUACAUCCAUAGUCUUCUUCUUCUUCUUUACAUACUGCCAUAGGAGUCACGUCCUUCCAUGUCUCUGUCUCCUUCCAGAGUCAGAGGAGAUCAAGGCGUGUCCUCGUUGUGGGGCCUACAUCAUGAAGACCAACGAUGGCAGCUGUAACCGGAUGAACUGUACCGUGUGUGCCUGUCAGUUCUGCUGGCUGUGUAUGCAAGAGAUCACCGACGUGCACUACCUCAGGUAGCUAUAGCCACUGUUACUAACGGUUACCACUACCUCAGGUAGCUAUAGCCACUGUUACUAACGGUUACCACUACCUCAGGUAGCUAGAGCCACUGUUACUAAUGGUUACCACUACCUCAGGUAGCUAUAGCCACUGUUACUAACGGUUACCACUACCUCAGGUAGCUAGAGCCACUGUUACUAACGGUUACCACUACCUCAGGUAGCUAUAGCCACUGUUACUAACGGUUACCACUAGGGCUGUGGCGGUCAUGGUUAUUGUCAUGCAAAAGACUGCUGGUCUCACGGUAAUUGAACGUUAAUUAACAUAAACACGUUUAGUAUCUCCAGGCCUCCAGGCAUCCAGGCAUCCAGGCAUCCAAGCUGCAAUACAAGCUGCUGAUGAGCGCCUUUGCAACCUCUACAUUUAAAGAAGUCUAAUAUAUCUAUUUAAUAUACACCAUCACAAUACACCCAUUAUUUAUUUAGUCAAGUCUAAAGAAAGAUUAUUUAUUUAUUUAACCUUUAUUUAACCAGGUAAGCCAGUUGAGAACAAGUUCUCAUUUACAACUGCGACCUGGCCAAGAUAAAACAAAGCAGUGCGAUAAAAACAACAACACAGAGUUACAUAUGGGGUAAACAAAACAUAAAGUCAAAAAUACAACAGAAAAUAUAUAUACAGUGUGUGCAAAUGUAGCAAGUUAUGGAGGUAAGGCAAUAAAUAGACCAUAGUGCAAAAUAAUUACAAUUAGUAUUAACACUGGAAUGAUAAAUGUGCAGAAGAUUAUGUACAAAUAUAGAUACUGGGGUGCAAAUGAGCAAAAUAAAUUACAAUGUAAAUAACAAUAUGGGGAUGAGGUAGUUGGGUAGGCUAAUUACAGAUGGGCUGUGUACAGGUGCAGUGAUCGGUAAGCUGCUCUGACAACUGAUGCUUAAAGUUAGUGAGGGAGAUAAGUGUCUCCAGCUUCAGAGAUUUUUGCAGUUCGUUCCAGUCAUUUGCAGCAGAGAACUGGAAGGAAUGGCGACCAAAGGAGGUGUUGGCUUUGGGGAUGACCAGUGAGAUAUACCUGCUGGAGCGCAUACUAUGGGUGGAUGUUGCUAUGGUGACCAAAGAGCUAAGAUAAGGCGGGGAUUUGCCUAGAAGGGAUUUAUAAAUGACCUGGAGCCAGUGGGUUUGGCGACGAAUAUGUAGUGAGGGCCAGCCAACGAGAGCGUACAGGUCACAAUGGUGGGUAGUAUAUGGGGCUUUGGUGACAAAACGGAUGGCAUUGUGAUAGACUACAUCCAAUUAGCUGAGUAGAGUGUUGGAAGCUAUUUUGUAAAUGACAUCGCCGAAGUCAAGGAUCAGUAGGAUAGUCAGUUUUACGAGGGCAUGUUUGGCAGCAUGAGUGAAGGAGGCUUUGUUGCGAAAUAGGAAGCCAAUUCUAGAUUUAACUUUGGAUUGGAGAUGCUUAAUGUGAGUCUGGAAGGAGAGUUUACAGUCUAACCAGACACCUAGGUAUUUGUAGUUGUCCACAUAUUCAAAGUCAGAGCCGCCGAGAGUAGUGAUUCUAGUCGGGCAGGCGGGUGCAAGCAGCGUUCGAUUGAAGAGCAUGCAUUUAGUUUUACAAGCGUUUAAGAGCAGUUGGAGGCUACUGAAGGAGUGUUGUAUGGCAUUGAAGCUCGUUUGGAGGUUUGUUAACACAGUGUCCAAUGAAGGGCCAGAUGUAUACAAAAUGUUGUCGUCUGCGUAGAGGUGGAUCUGAGAGUCACCAGCAACAAGAGCGACAUCAUUGAUAUACACAGAGAAUAGAGUCGGCCCGAGAAUUGAACCCUGUGGCACCCCAUAGAGACUUCCAGAGGUCCAGACAACAGGCCCUCCGAUUUGACACAUUGAACUCUAUCUGAAAAGUAGUUGGUGAACCAGGCGAGGCAGUCAUUUGAGAAACCAAGGCUAUUUAGUCUGCCAAUAAGAAUGUGGUGAUUGACAGAGUCAAAAGCCUUGGCCAGGUCAAUGAAGACUGCUGCACAGUACUGUCUUUUAUCGAUCACGGUUAUAAUAUCGUUUAGAACCUUUAGCAUGGCUGAGGUGCACCCAUGACCAGCUCGGAAACCGGAUUGCAUAGCGGAGAAGGUACGGUGGGAUUCGAAAUGGUCGGUGAUCUGUUUGUUAACUUGGCUUUCAAAUACUUUCGAAAGGCAGGGCAGGAUGGAUAUAGGUCUGUAGCAGUUUGGAUCUAGAGUGUCACCCCCUUUGAAGAGGGGGAUGACCGCGGCAGCUUUCCAAUCUCUGGGGAUCUCAGACGAUACGAAAGAGAGGUUGAACAGGCUGGUGAUUGGGGUUGCGACAAUUUCUGCGGCUAAUUUUAGAAAGAAAGGGUCCAGAUUGUCUAGCCCAGCUGAUUUGUAGGGGUCCAGAUUUUGCAGCUCUUUCAGAACAUCAGCUAUCUGAAUUUGGGUGGGGGGUGGUUGGGUGGGGGGUUGCAUGGGCAAGUUGCAGCGGAGGGUGCAGAGUUUGAAUGAAUCAUCACCUUAGAAAGCGCUGGCCAUUUCGUUGUGUUAGGCUUUGAAACAACAUCCAGCACGUCCAAGUUUUUCACUCAGUUUCAACCUGCUGUUGAACUUCUUUCUUCAAAUUGAUCAAUCACAGUUUUAAAACAUGAUACUAUUUUGAUGAUGCGUUUUGAUUUUUUGAUUGCAUUUGCAUUGAUGUCAGAGUGGUUAGAGGGACAAUAGAGCCCUGAGUACCAGGCCAUUAGGACCUGAUGGUUAGAGGGACAAUAGAGCCCUGAGUACCAGGCCAUUAGGACCUGAUGGUUAGAGGGACAAUAGAGCCCUGAGUACCAGGCCAUUAGGACCUGAUGGUUAGAGGGACAGUAGAGCCCUGAGUACCAGGCCAUUAGGACCUGAUGGUUAGAGGGACAAUAGAGCGCUGAGUACCAGGCCAUUAGGACCUGAUGGUUAGAGGGACAAUAGAGCCCUGAGUACCAGGCCAUUAGGACCUGAUGGUCAGAGGGACAAUAGAGCCCUGAGUACCAGGCCAUUAGGACCUGAUGGUUAGAGGGACAAUAGAGCCCUGAGUACCAGGCCAUUAGGACCUGAUGGUUAGAGGGACAAUAGAGCGCUGAGUACCAGGCCAUUAGGACCUGAUGGUUAGAGGGCCAAUAGAGCCCUGAGUACCAGGCCAUUAGGACCUGAUGGUUAGAGGGACAAUAGAGCCCUGAGUACCAGGCCAUUAGGACCUGAUGGUUAGAGGGACAAUAGAGCCCUGAGUACCAGGCCAUUAUGACCUGAUGGUUAGAGGGACAAUAGAGCCCUGAGUACCAGGCCACUAGGACCUGAUGGUUAGAGGGACAAUAGAGCGCUGAGUACCAGGCCAUUAGGACCUGAUGGUUAGAGGGACAAUAGAGCCCUGAGUACCAGGCCAUUAGGGCCUGAUGGUUAGAGGGACAAUAGAGCCCUGAGUACCAGGCCAUUAGGACCUGAUGGUUAGAGGGACAAUAGAGCCCUGAGUACCAGGCCAUUAGGACCUGAUGGUUAGAGGGCCAAUAGAGCCCUGAGUACCAGGCCGUUAGGACCUGAUGGUUAGAGGGACAAUAGAGCCCUGAGUAUCAGGCCAUUAGGACCUCCUAAUGGUCAUUAGCUAGUUGGGUACUACCAACGCCCAGAGUGAAUAACAGGACAUUACCAUAAUAAUAAUAAUAUGCCAUUUAGCAGACGCUUUUAUCCAAAGCGACUUACAGUCACGUGUGCAUACAUUUUUACGUAUGGGUGGUCCCGGGAAUCGAACCCACUACCCUGGGCGUUACAAGCGCCGUGCUCUACCAGCUGAGCUACAGAGGACCACCCAUGACUCAGUCACAUAGCAUUUUACUGUGGUCAUGACUCAUGACUGCCGGUGUGGUGGUAAUACCGUCACCGCAACAGCCCUGGUUACCACUACCUCAGGUAGCUAUAGCCACUGUCACUAACGGUUACCAGCUGUUGGAAAUAGAUUCACUUUGACCAAGAACCCUAUUCUAUCACAUGGGACACACAGGCAGAUACACUGACAGGCAGCGGACACAGACACAAAGUGGGACAGAGAAAUGUAACCAAAGAGACAGACCAACCACGCUCCACUCCGAGGUACUGUCAUAUCAAUUUAGGUCAGACUGACAAAGCCUAUGGGGUUUUUAAAGACUCAUUGAUCCCAGCCAUCAGAUAAAAUGUGGCAUUAUACUACCCCAUGUCUUUCUACAGUAGAGGAGCAAGCACCACGCAUCUCUGUAGCUAUUAUAUGAAUGUAUUCCAAAUGGCACCCUAUUCCCUAUAUAGAGCACUGCUUCCCAAUGAGCCCUGGUCAAAAGAAGUGCACUAUAUAGUGAAUAGGGUGCCAUAUGGGAUGUAGACACAUAUAAUGUGGUCCUCUGUAGCUCAGCUGGUAGAGCACGGCGCUUGGGUAGUGGGUUCGAUCCCCGGGACCACCCAUACACAAAAAUGUAUGCACGCAUGACUGUAAGUCGCUUUGGAUAAAAGUGUCUGCUAAAUGGCAUAUUAUUGUUAUUAUUAUUAUUAUAAUAGCUAUAGAGAUUGUCUGGUUUGCUCCUAUGUCUCUGUUUCUAAACUGUUUUAAUAACAUGGCAGUGGAGUGGUAGCAGCCGUUGAUUUUCCCAAUGUUGGACGAGCGCCAGUGCUGACUUUUAAUCAAUGAAUCAGCCGAAUCUGCUCCAAUGUGUGUCCUAAAUGGCUCCCUUUUCCCUGUACAGGGCCUUCAGAAAGUAUUCAUACCACUUUUCUUAUUCCACGUGUUGUUGUGUAACAGCCUGAAUUCACCCAUCUAUCUACACACAAUACCCGAUAAUUACUGUUCAGACUUUUUAAUUUUAAUUUUAAUUUCACCUUUAUUUAACCAGUUAAGCCAGUUGAGAACAAGUUCUCAUUUACAACUGCGACCUGCCCAAGAUAAAGCAAAGCAGUGCGAUUUAAAAACAACAACAACACAGAGUUACAUAUGGGGUAAAACAAAAACGUACAGUCAAUAACACAAUAGAACAUCUAUAUACAGUGUGUGCAAAUGUAGUAAGUUAUGGAGGUAAGGCAAUAAAUAGGCCAUAGUGCAAAAUAAUUACAAUUAUAAUUUAGUAUUAGCACUGGAGUGAUUAAUGUGCAGAAGAUGAUGUGCAAAUAGAGAUACUGGGGUGCAAAUGAGCAAAAUAAAUAACAAUGUAAAUAACAAUAUGGGGAUAGGUAGUUGACUGUUCAGACUGUGUUACAGCCUGAAUUGAAAAAUAGAUGAAAUUGAUUUUUCUCUCUCCCAAUGACAAAGUGAAAACAUAUUUUUUUAAAUAUUUGUAAACUUAUUGAAAAUGAAAUACAGAAAUAUUUCAUUUACAUAAGUAUUCACACCCCUGAGUCAAUACAUGUUAGAAUCACCUUUGGCAGCGAUUACAGAUGUGAGUCUUUCUGGGUAAGUCUCUAAGAGCUUUGCACACCUGGAUUGGCCAUUUAUUCUUUUCAAAAUUCUUAUUUUCAAGUCUUGCCAUAUAUUUUCAAGCAGAUUUAAGUCAAAACUGUAACUCGGCCACUCAGGAACAUUCAAUGUCUUCUUGGUAAGCAACUCCAGUGUAUAUUUGGCCUUGUGUUUUAGGUUAUUGUCCUGCUGAAAGGUGAAUUCAUCUCCCAGUGUCUGGUGGAAAGCAAACUGAACCAGGUUUUCCUCUAGGAUUAUGCCCUGUGCUUAGCUCCAUUACGUUUCUUUUUUAUCCUGAAAAACUCCCCAGUACUUAACAAUAACAAGCAUAUACAAGCAUACCCAUAACAUGAUGCAGCCACCACCAUGCUUGGAAAUAUGGAGAGUGGUAUUCAGUAAUGUGUUGUGUUGGAUUUGCCCUGAACAUGUUUUGGAAUAUUCCUUCUUUUCACUCUGUCAAUUAGGUUAGUAUUGUGGAGUAACUACAAUGUUGUUGAUCCAUCCUCAGUUUUCUCCUAUCACAGCCAUUAAACUCUGUAACUGUUUUAAAGUCACCAUUGGCCUCAUGGUGAAAUCCCUGAGCGGUUUCCUUCCUCUCCGGCAGCUGAGUUAGGAAGGACACCUGUAUCUUUGUAGUGACUGGGUGUAUUGAUACACAAUCCAAUGUAAUUAAUAACUUCACCGUGCUCAAAGGGAUAUUCAAUGUCUGCUUUCUUUUUACCCAUCUACCAAUAGGUGCCCUUCUUUGCGAGGCAUUGGAAAACCGCCUUGGUCUUUUUGGUUGAAUCUGUGUUUGAAAUUCACUGCUCAACUGAGGGACCUUACAGAUAAUUGUGUGUAUGUGUGGGGUACAGAGAUGAGGUAGUCAUUACAAAAUCAUGUUAAACACUAUUAUUGCACACAGAGUGAGUCCAUACAACUUAUUAUGUGACUUGUUAAGACAUGGUUUUACUCCUGAACUUAUUUAGGCUUGCUCUAACAAAGGGUUUGCAUACUUAUUGACUCGAGACAUUUCAGCUUUUCAUUUGUAAUUAAUUUGUAACAUUUUGGAGAAAAAACAUAAUUUCACUUUGACAUUAUGGGCGGUUGUGUGUAGGCCAGUGACAAACCAUCUCAAUUUAAUCCAUUUAAAAUUCAGACUGUGUAACACAACAGAAUGUGGAAAAAGUCAAGGUGUGUGUGAAUACUUUCUGAUGGCACUGUAUAUGGAACAAACUCUCAUGAAUGCAUUGCAGUCCCUCGGGCUGUACAUUCUGGUCCAUCAUCUAAACUCUUCUUCCUGUCUCUUCCUCCAGUCCCUCGGGCUGUACAUUCUGGGGGAAGAAGCCGUGGUCUCAGACCCGGAGGGUGCUGUGGCAGGUGGGCAUGCUGCUGGGCGCCCCAGUAGUCAUCUCACUCAUCGCUGGCAUCGCCAUCCCAGUCAUCAUAGUGGGCAUUCCCAUCUACAUGGGCCGCAAGGUACGAGGAUAUAUUGACCCCUAACCCUAACCCAUCUACAUGGGCCGCAAGGUACAAGGACAUAUUGACCCCUAACCCCUAACCCAUCUACAUGGGCCGCAAGGUUGGAGGACAUAUUGACCCCUAACCUUAACCCAUCUAUAUGGGCCGCAAGGUAGGAGGACAUAUUGACCCCUAACCCCUAACCCAUCUACAUGGGCCGCAAGGUACAAGGACAUAUUGACCCCUAACCUUAACCCAUCUAUAUGGGCCGCAAGGUAGGAGGACAUAUUGACCCCUAACCCCUAACCCAUCUACAUGGGCCGCAAGGUACGAGGAUAUAUUGACUCCUAACCCAUCUACAUGGGCCGCAAGGUUGGAGGACAUAUUGACCCCUAACCUUAACCCAUCUAUAUGGGCCGCAAGGUAGGAGGACAUAUUGACCCCUAACCCCUAACCCAUCUACAUGGGCCGCAAGGUACGAGGAUAUAUUGACUCCUAACCCAUCUACAAGGGCCGCAAGGUACGAGGACAUAUUGACCCCUAACCCUAACCCAGCUACAUGGGCCGAAAGGUAGGAGGACAUAUUGACCCCUAACCCCUAACCCAUCUAUAUGGGCCGCAAGAUUGGAGGACAUAUUGACCCCUAACCCCUAACCCCUAUCCCUAACCCCUAACCCCUAUCCCUAACCCCUAACCCCUAACCCCUAACCCAUCUAAAUGGGCUGAAAGAUAGGACCUUGUCUUGUAUAGAGAGACUAGUAAUGUCAGCUCUCUGUAAAGUCUAUUGGUCGCUUGUUUUCUGCUCUUAAGUGAUAUUUUAAUAAAGCUAUCGGUCAUACAAAUACAGCAAUUCAACCAUUUUAUUCUAAAUUGAAAUCUGUCAUCAAUUGUAAAAAAAAAAAAAAAAAAAAAAUACUAAUGAUGCUAUAAAUGAUCAUGUCAACCAUUUUGAAGUCAUGAGUUAUUCUUCCCCCAGGUCCACGGUCGCUGUAAGAAGAACAAUAUCUCAGGUAGUAAACAUUACUUAACGGUGGCCAGCGGCGUCAUGAUGUCCGUGUUCGUCUCGCCCGUCAUAGCUGCUGUCACUGUGGGUAAGGACAAACAACAAACAACAAACAACAAACAACAAACAACACAAACCACAAGAACAACACUCCCAUCUUGUCCACUAAAACCCUAAGAGUUAGGCCCGGGAAUUUACAGGGGGCGACAUGCACUUCCUGAUUCGGCCUUGUUUUUCAUGAAGGCUCGUUAAGAAAACACGCUAGUGGUUCAUGACCGAAGGCAAACGACAGUUGUCUUGGGGUUGUGGUUUGAAGUGGGUGCUUCUUGGAUGCGUCUUUGCCAUUCAGUCACAACAAACGGUCCCAGUAGUGAGGACAGUGAGGUAAGCUAAGCUAGCUUUGCUAUGGAGAGUUGAGGACUUCUCUCUUGCUGACUGACUCGCCAUCUCUAGAUGGUCAGCUGAUUGAGUCCUAUGUAGGCUAAAGCCUGCGCUGACCUUGUGUUUAGCCAAGCUGACAGCGGCUAGCUAACACAGAUUGGUGAUGGCUAUCCUAUCUAGCUGAUAUUUCUCAGUCGAAUCAGUUAUGGCAAGAAAUCAAGAGCCAGUGUCUGGAAUGUGUUUCGUAAGACACUCAUUCUACAACACCUUGCUUCGAAAGUAGCUUGCAACUUAGUUUCAAAGUUUCAUCACGUCAUGGACUAUAUUUGCAGUGAAAGUUAAAGUCAAGAGUCUGUUUAAUCUGUUUAAAAGUGUUACUUGCCGUCACACUGUGUUGUUAUAAUGGUACAUGCAGUCCUUUGGGAGAAAAAAAAAAACGACUUCCUGGACAGUGGAGCAGCAAUAAAGCAGUAAUUUAAGUAAUCCCAGAUGGCACCCUAUUCCAUAUGGGCCCUGGUCUAAAGUAGUGCACUACAUAGGGAAUAGGGUGCUAUUUGAGACGCAGCAUUGAUGUCUUACUGUGUGGAGAGAGAGAUGGUGGAAGAUGGAAGAUGUCUUACUGUGUGGAGAGAGAGAUGGUGGAAGAUGGAAGAUGUCUUACUGUGGAAAUCUGGGAAAAGAGCUGACGCGCACAAGAACACACACAUAUAUAUAUAUAUAUACACACACACACAGAAUAGCCUUGGAAUAGCUUCUACCCCUUAUUCUCUUUGACAUGUCAUUUCAUAACAAUGUCUGUCUCUGGCAGAAGCCUGGGUUCAAAUAGUAUUAGGUUUCUUUCAAAAACCUUAACCUGUGCUUGAUUGAUCUUGCCUGGUGCAAUGAAGCCAAUGCAAUAGUCCCAAAGGUGCAAACCCCACCCAUCUGGCACUCCAGGCAGGCUCAAUCAAAUGAACCCAGGUCUGUCUCUGGGGCAUGGGAGCUUACUGGAGCCUGCCCCUGUCUUGCCCUGGCUUGUCCUGGCUUGCCCUGGCUUGUCCUGGCUUGCCCUGGCUUGCCCUGGCUUGUCCUGUCUUGCCCUGGCUUGCCCUGGCUUGUGUGUGUGUGUGUGUGUGUGUGUGUGUGUGUGUCCUGCCUGACCCUGCCGCCUCUGAAGUGUCACUACGAUCACCACACUGUUGAACUGAAGCCUCACUGUAGUCCCCUGCUCUUCGGCUCCACUCCCUCCUCCUCCUCCUCCUCCAUCCACCCCUCUCUCCAUCUGAAAGGACUUGUCUGUUGUCGGGGGCUUUAGCUCUGACCCCUCUUUUUCUAUCCCUCUCUUCCUCUCACCUGUCUCUUCCUCUUUCUCUCUCUCCUUCUGUCUCUCCUGUCCCUCUUUCUCUCACUUUCCCUCUUUCUCCUCCUCGUCUCUCUCUGUCUCUCCUCCUCGUCUCUCCUCCUUGUCUCUCCUCCUCGUCCCUCUCUGUAUCUCCUCCUCAUCUCUCUGUCUCUCCUCCUUGUCUCUCCUCCUCGUCUCGCUCUGUCUCUCCUCAUCUCGCUCUGUCUCUCCUCCUCGUCUCUCUCUGUCUCUCCUCCUCGUCUCUCUUCCUCAUCUCUCUCUGUCUCUCCUCCUUGUUUCUCCUCCUUGUCUCUCUGUCUCUCCUCCUCAUCUCGCUCUGUCUCUCCUCGUCUCGCUCUGUCUCUCCUCCUCGUCUCGCUCUGUCUCUCCUCCUCGUCUCUCUCUGUUUCUCCUCCUCGUCUCUCUCUGUCUCUCCUCCUCGUCUCGCUCUGUCUCUCCUCCUUGUCUCUCCUCCUCAUCUCUCUCUGUCUCUCCUCCUCGUCUCGCUCUGUCUCUCCUCCUUGUUGCUCUGUCUCUCCUCAUCUCGCUCUCUCUCCUCCUCGUCUCUCUCUGUUUCUCCUCCUCGUCUCGCUCUGUCUCUCCUCCUCGUCUCGCUCUGUCUCUCCUCCUCGUCUCUCUCUGUCUCUCCUCCUCAUCUCACCCUGUCUCUCCUCCUCAUCUCGCUCUGUCUCUCCUCCUCGUAUCUCUCUGUCUCUCCUCCUCGUCUCGCUCUGUCUCUCCUCCUCGUCUCUCUCUGUCUCUCCUCCUUGUCUCUCCUCCUUGUCUCUCUCUGUCUCUCCUCCUCGUCUCUCUCUGUCUCUCCUCCUCGUCUCGCUCUGUCUCUCCUCCUCGUCUCUCUCUGUAUCUCCUCCUCAUCUCUCUGUCUCUCCUCCUCGUAUCUCUCUGUAUCUCCUCCUCAUCUCUCUGUCUCUCCUCAUCUCUCUCUGUCUCUCCUCAUCUCUCUGUCUCUCCUCCUCAUCUCUCUGUCUCUCCUCAUCUCUCUGUGUCUCUCCUCAUCUCUCUGUCUCUCCUCCUUGUCUCUCCUCCUCGUUUCUCUCUGUCUCUCCUCCUCGUCUCUCUCUGUAUCUCCUCCUCAUCUCUCUGUCUCUCCUCCUCGUAUCUCUCUGUAUCUCCUCCUCAUCUCUCUGUCUCUCCUCAUCUCUCUCUGUCUCUCCUCAUCUCUCUGUCUCUCCUCCUUGUCUCUCCUCCUCGUAUCUCUCUGUAUCUCCUCCUCAUCUCUCUGUCUCUCCUCAUCUCUCUCUGUCUCUCCUCCUCAUCUCUCUGUCUCGCCUCCUCGUCUCUCUCUGUCUCUCCUCCUUGUCUCUCCUCCUCGUCUCUCCUCCUCGUCUCGCUCCGUCUCUCCUCCUCGUCUCUCUCUGUCUCUCCUCCUCGUCUCUCUGUCUCUCCUCCUCGUCUCGCUCUGUCUCUCCUCCUCAUCUCUCUCUGUCUCUCCUCCUCGUCUCUCUCUGUUUCUCCUCUUCAUCUCUCUCCGUCUCUCCUCCUCGUCUCGCUCUCUCUCCUCCUCAUCUCUCUCUGUCUCUCCUCCUUGUCUCUCUCUGUCUCUCCUCCUCAUCUCGCUCUGUCUCUCCUCCUCGUCUCGCUCUGUCCCUCCUCAUCUCUCUCUAUCUCUCCUCCUUGUCUCUCUCUGUCUCUCCUCCUCGUCUCUGUCUCUCCUCCUCGUCUCGCUCUGUCUCUCCUCCUCAUCUCGCUCUGUCUCUCCUCCACAUCUCUCUCUGUCUCUCCUCCUCAUCUCUCUCUGUCUCUCCUCCUUGUCUCUCCUCAUUGUCUCUCUCUGUCUCUCCUCCUUGUCUCUCUCUGUAUCUCCUCCUCAUCUCUCUCUGUCUCUCCUCCUCAUCUCUGUCUCUCCUCCUCAUCUCUCUCUGUCUCUCCUCCUUGUCUCUCCUCCUUGUCUCUCUCUGUCUCUCCUCCUUGUCUCUCUGUAUCUCCUCCUCAUCUCUCUCUGUCUCUCCUCCUCAUCUCUGUCUCUCCUCCUCGUAUCUCUCUGUCUCUCCUCCUCAUCUGUCUCUCCUCCUCAUCUCUCUCUGUCUCUCCUCCUUGUUUCUCCUCCUCGUCUCUCUGUCUCUCCUCCUCGUCUCUCUGUCUCUCCUCCUCAUCUCUCUCUGUCUCUCCUCCUCGUCUCUCUCUGUCUCUCCUCCUCAUCUCUCUCUGUCUCUCCUCCUUGUUUCUCCUCCUCGUCUCUCUGUCUCUCUCUGUCUCUCCCGUCCCUAUGUACUGGUGUCACCUUGUCUGCGGGUCAUUGAUGCCACAGUGUCCUAUAAUGUCCAGUCUAGCGUUAACGAUAACGGCCCCUUUGUUUGUGAUGUGAGCACUAUUGUGUCCCCAACAUUCCUUACUGGGUUUCAUGUUUCCGUGUUGCAGCACUCUACAGGGAAGCCUUUGUCCAGCAGGUCAGGGUCACAGCAGGUUCGAUGUACUGGAAAGGUUCUGUUGGACACUGCUAGCUUGCAAUGUCAGUCCUGUUUCCAUUUUUGUUACGUUAACCAAGUCACCGCCACAUACUCUUAGUUGUUCUCAUGUAUCGUUAAUCGUAGUACGGCCUAACAAUAAAACAUUUCAUUUAUUAUUUAUUUUAACCUUUAUUUUGACAGGGAGUCAUGUUUAGACCAAGGUGUCUGUUAUCAAUGUCAUACCAGGAAUGUCACAAUCAUCACUCUUCUAGCUACAUUCAGAUGUUUAUAUGUGCAGGUUAUUUUCUCAAAAAGUAACAUUUAUUGACAAGGAAAUACAGGUACCUCAGUCAGUUUCUCUUCCUGUUCUCCUGUAGGGGUGGGCGUCCUGUUGAUGUCAGUCCCUCAUCCUGUCUCUUCCUGUUCUCCUGUAGGGGUGGGCGUCCUGUUGAUGUCAGUCCCUCAUCCUGUCUCUUCCUGUUCUCCUGUAGGGGUGGGCGUCCCGUUGAUGUCAGUCCCUCAUCCUGUCUCUUCCUGUUCUCCUGUAGGGGUGGGCAGCCCGUUGAUGUCAGUCCCUCAUCCUGUCUCUUCCUGUUCUCCUGUAGGGGUGGGCAGCCCGUUGAUGUCAGUCCCUCAUCCUGUCUCUUCCUGUUCUCCUGUAGGGGUGGGCGUCCCGUUGAUGUCAGUCCCUCAUCCUGUCUCUUCCUGUUCUCCUGUAGGGGUGGGCGUCCCGUUGAUGUUGACAUAUGUCUAUGGGGUCGUCCCCAUGUCGCUGUGUCGGAAUGGAUGGUGCCGGCCGCAGAACGAGCCCCCGGAAACACACAAGAUACAACUGGAAGACCUAGCCAGCUGUAAGGGUCUUUAGUAUAGUAUAUUGUAUGCUAAAUAUUGUAUCUAAUGCUUACCUAUGUUGGUAAUUUGUCUUUUUGUUUUAAGAACUAUGUACAUUAUAUUAUAUAUUAUGAGUUAAAAGAUUCCUUAAUACUUUUAUUAGAGUAACUCAAUUCAUCCCAUCUUGAAUUUUUCAACAAUGAAUAGUUCAAAGUAAACUAAAAUACAUCAGUCCAAUACACUACUGUAUGAUUGCUUCCUAGUUUUAAUCCCAUGUUGUUUCUGAACUUCUCUUGAAGAUCUUCUAUUCUCUCAUGUAGUCAGCGACCACUGGCCGGGGCCAGGGCCAAGAGGCCAGACCAACCCCGCCCUCAGCGACACCAGCGUCCAGGAAGUCCUACAGGAUGUUAGGGUCAGCGUACAGGAAGUUGGCGUACUCCCCAGCACCAGCAGUGCCGCCACGCCCCCGGAACCAGAUGCAUGCGCAGGAUUGGACGAGCAUCAGAUACGUCAUGUUUAUACGCAGCAGGACAGCCAAUCAGACUGCGAAGGGGCUGGGGGUGCUGGGAUGCUGGAUAAUACGCAGACAUUCUCCUUGCGGUCAGUGUCUCUUGUCGUAUCGUUUUUUUUUUGAUUGAUUGAUUGAGCCCAAAGUCUUUCUUUGCAAAGUUUCUCUUCGUUCAAUUCAAGUCAGUUCAAUACAAAUAAAUGUAUCCCCUCAGGAGCAAUUACGAAAGACAAGUCAGUUAAUUCCUUUGAUAAAACAUGGCUGAAAUGUCAUGUGAUAGGCCUUUCCUUGAUGCUGUUCAUGUUGUCAUGGUUGCAGGGAGGGAACAAACAUCGAGGUGCGUGUGGAGAUCGAGGCCCAUCCACGAGGCGCGCGUCAGUCCAGCCUCAGUAGCAUCCUGUCCAGUCGCAGCCUGUCGGCCGAGUCACUGGGUCGAGCGCACUCUGUAGGCCACGCCCACUCGCAAGAUCACCUGGGCCACGCCCACUCCAGGGAACACCUGGACUCCACCCACUCCCAGGAACAUCUGUGUGCCUCUGAACAUGAAGAAGAGAGUGGAGAAAAGAGAAGAGGAGACGAGGGAAGAGGAGACGACCUGCAUGUUUUUGAGACGGACAAUAUCUGAGCUCCGCCUACUAUUUAGGCCACACCCUGUUUCCACUACAGGCCCCUCCCACCAGCUGUCCGCCUGCUCCGUCCUCUGAGAAAGAGCAGGGGGGACAUGGCAAGAGAAAGGGGGGAGCAAGUGAGAGAGGAGGGAGAGAUGGAAAACGUGUGUUUUGUGAAAACUAGACAAAUUUAGAGAGGGAAGGAUGGAUCAAAAGAAACCAGAAAUGACUGAAAGCAUGUUGAUUUGACUAGUUUGGUGGGUGUUAGCCUCACUUUAUUUUACCGGGUCCUUUCAGAAGAGACUGCCUUCCCCGCUCCCACUCUUAACACUGGUCUAUUUUAAAUGAUUAUUACCAAGUCCCUUUCUCUAGCUAUACCCGCAUACUUAUAAAUCAUCUACAGCCAUUUGUAUCAAAAGUCUCAGAGUUGGAGCGCUGAUCUAGGAUCCGUUU